AGCUCGUCUCGGACCAAGAUUUCAGCCUCAGAAAGACCUUCCACAUCAUCAACGUCGUACCUCCCCCAUCCGCUCCUGAGGGUCUCUAAGAAGCUCGACGCUCUCUUUUUCGACCCCUCUCCCAACCAAGGACCUGAAUACAGUCCCAACCGUCAGCUGCCGCAUAGGACGAGUUCUGCGGUUCUUCCUCUAACGGAGGAAGAGUCGAGGAGGCCUCGUCAGAUCGCCCAGGGAUCAGUAUCGUACCGACACCGACCCCCCUAA